AUGGCUGAGAACAUCCUCUUCACUGUUCUGGUUGUGGCUGAUCAUCAUCUUCACACCCUCAUGUACUUCUUCCUGGGGAACCUGUCCUUCUUGCAGACCUGCUAUAGUUCCACCAUCCUAUCCAGAAUGCUUGCCAGCCUCCUGACUGGAGACAAAACCAUUUCUGUUAUGGGAUGUAUUAUACAACUUUCUAUUUUUGGUUUCCUAGGAGCUACAGAGUGUUAUCUCCUGGCUGCAAUGUCUUAUGACAGAUAUAUAGCCAUCUGCAAACCUCUGCACUAUGUAAUCCUCAUGAAUGGUAGGAUCUGCCAUCAGCUUGCAGCUGGGGCUUGGCUAAGUGGGUUCAUGGGUAGUGCUAUAAUGACAAUUCUGGUUACCCAAUUAACUUUCUGUGGCCCCAGUGACACUGAUCAUUUCUUUUGUGAUUUCACCCCACUGACAAAGCUGUCCUGCAGUAAUGCCAGCCUAGUCACUCUGGUUACUGCUGUGCUUUCCUCUGUGGAAACUCUGCUCCCAUUUGUAUUCACCAUGGAAACCUAUGUUUGUAUCAUCACUACCAUCUUGAAAAUCCCUUCAACCACUGGGAAGCAAAAGGCAUUUUCCAUCUGCUCCGCUCACCUUCUUGUGGUAGCUAUGUUUUAUGGGACCCUAAUUCUUGUCUAUGUGAUACCAAAAACUUCUGCACUCAUAGAUCUGAACAAGAUGUUCUCUCUGUUCUACACUGUCUUGACUCCUGUGGCAAAUCCUCUGGUAUACAGCCUGAGAAACAAAGAGAUAAAGGAAUCACUGAGAAAUAUUGUCAGUCAAUGCAGAACUUCUCGGUUCUGA